UGGCGCUGUGGUUUUCGUCCCGCGAAUAAACACAAAGAAGAAGAGUGAAUACUUCCGGUAACAAUACAAACACAUGGGCUGAAAACGUCUCAGGUGUGCAGUCAUGACGAGGUGGGCGAGAGCCAAUAAUGUCCAUAAACACAAACCAGUAGAGGCCACUCCAUGGAGUCAACUCAGAGGAGGAGGAGGAAGAGGAGGACGAGGUCAACAAGGACCUCAGAGGGACCACCUGAGAGGGACUCAGCCCGGCGGAUCAGCUGUGAAAAAACCCAACCGUAAGAAGAAGGACUAUGCGAGCGAGGACGUGAACGGGUUCCUGGAGUAUCUGCAGCAGACCGGACAGCCGCUGCCCAGAGGGGGAGGGAGGGAGGAGGAGCGGGAGCUCAGGGAGGAGGUGGAAGUCGCCCUGAAGAAAGACAGGAGGAGAGAGGACAGAAGGGUCAAGAGACAGAACAACAAGAAGAACAACAUGCUGUGUUUUAACUGCAGGAAGCCCGGCCACGGUCUGGCUGACUGUCCCGAGGCCGACCGAGACGAGGAGAUGGGCCGAGGCAUCUGCUACCGCUGCGGCUCCACCGAACACGAAAUCCACAAGUGUAGAGCUAAAGUGGAUCCUGCUCUGGGUGAUUACCCGUACGCUAAGUGCUUCAUCUGCGGUCAGACCGGACACCUGUCCCGCUCCUGCCCAGAUAAUCCUAAAGGACUUUACGCACAAGGAGGAAGCUGUCGUGUCUGUGGGUCAGUGGAACAUUUUCAGAAGGACUGUCCGGAGCACCAGGCUGCAACGAACUCUGUGACGGUCGGCUGGUUGUCCAACAACAUGAGCGCGGACCACGAGGAAGUCCAUGUUCCAGUGAAGAAAGCCAAACCCAAACAGACGAAGGUGGUGAUGUUCUGAUUAGCUGAGAAGGUCGACAGCUCCACACACACACACACACACACACACACACACACACACACACACACACACACACACACACACAGCUCUGACCAGCUUCAGCUCCUGGACUCCAGCACACGGACUAAGAACCAUCCAGUGACGUGGUUCAGACACUUUCUGUUUGUCUUUGUUUAUGAUCCUAAAGCUUCUUUAUAAUAAACUUGUGCUUCUGUGUU